AAUGUUUAUUCUCUUACAAUACAAUGUUAUUUUAUUUUUACUAAAUGUAAGAUUAGAAAGAUAUUUCUGUUUAAAAUUUAGUUUCAUUAUUCAGAAAUAAAAAAAAUUUUAGAUACUACCCGAAAAUGGCAACGAAUUUCGUCAAAUACUCUCAAAUUAUAAAUAACACGACAAAAUAUGCGCAGCGAAUGAAAAGGUUAUCUAAUAGGAUAUUUAGUGAAGUGGCGAUUCCGACUAAUCCUAAAUCAAUGAAAGUUGUGAAGAUUUUCUCAGCGCGGCCUCUGCAUACUAAUGAAGAGAUAGUGCACUACUACCCGCGACAUGUUGAGACCGCCACUCUGAUGCUAAAGCUGCGAGAGUAUGGGCUCUUCCGUGAUGAGCACCAGGACUUCAAAGAAGAGAUGAAACGCCUUCGGGAGCUGAGAGGCAAAGUAAAAGUGUGGAAGAGGAAGCUAAACUUGGAAGAAAAGGAAAAGAAUUAGUUACUGCUACUAAUUAGUUUUUACCCGCUACUUGUUUCUGAUCAAUAAGACCGAUCGUUCAAACUAUAACAGCACAACAGUAGUGAAGAAAAACUUAACUCUAGUGCAUUUUAGUGUCUUCUAUCAACAUAUGGUGUUAUAACGAAUGGAGAAUUACACCAGUCAAAAAUGUUUAUGUAGUUUUAAAUAAAAUAUCUUUAAGUUUAAAAUGUUUUA